AUUCCAGAAGGCAUGAGGUAUCAUGGUAAGACUGUGAAAGUACUAUUUACUCUACAAUGGUGAGGAGUCCUCAUCAAAAUCAAAAAAUCUAAUUUCUUUUACAGGACCCAGAUGCUAUACAGUGGGAAAACCAGCCUGGCAACAUAGUGCGUAUUAAUAAAAGGACACCACAUCCUGCCAAAUUCCAGCUGCGCUAAUUGUAUUGUGUUCACAGAGCUCACAAGCUAUCAGAAAGUUGUAUGGCAACCACCUCCGGCGCCAAAUAGAACUGGCAGACAGACAUUCAGUACAAGAAGAAAAAGAUGGAAAAUCUUGCACUGGAGUCCAAAAUAAAAAAGAGGACAAUUAGGAAACUGGUCCUUGAAAUAAAAAAACUUGAGAGGGAGGUGAGAUAUGCCUUCAAUGUACACUAACUGUAACACAAAUGUAUUAAUCAUUAUUUGUAUUUCCUCCCCCAGCUCCAAGAAGAUGACACGGCUCAAAAUAAAAAUUAGGUAUAUUCUCGUAAAGUCAAGUGAGCCAUGACAUAUGAGCUCUUAUUGUGAGCACACAGGACGGUGGCAUCUUUCUAAGGUUUUUUUUAUUUUCCCAGCAAUCAGUACAACCAAGUCAUCGUUAUAAGGCAUCGCCCUCUUUUGUCCACCCCCCCAGCACCAGGUGUGGCCACUAGCCUAUAUGAAGGCCCAAAAUUGUGUGUUCCUUUCUGCUCUGACAAUGGCAUGCCCAUUCGUGCGAGAUGUGUUGGAUGAAGAAGCACUUGUGCUGAGGAGAGCCUUCAGGCGAGAAAGGGUCUUCAGGGACCGGUUGGACCCACUGGCCUUCCCUGACGACCAUCUAUAUGAAAGAUACAGGUUUUCUGCAGAUGGCAUCAGUGGAGCCUUCCUGUACUCAGUGGGGGAUGCAGAACAGCUGAACAAGGCCACAAUUUGCCGCACAAUAAGGAGUGUGUGUCUGGCUAUCAAAGCAUUAGCAGAUGUCUUCAUCUCCUUCCCUGGCCACAGAAGACUCUGUGACAUCAAAGAGGAGUUCUAUAGGAUUGCAGGUUUCCCCAAUGUCAUUGGUGCAGUGGACUGCACACACAUAAGGAUAAAAGCCCCCUCAGGUGCCCAUGAGGCCGAUUUUGUGAAUAGGAAAUCCUUUCACAGCAUUAAUGUUCAGAUGGUCUGCAAUGCUGACUGUGUGAUCAGCAAUGUUGUGGCAAAAUGGCCUGGCUCAGUCCAUGACUCCAGAAUCUUUCGGGCCUCUGAAAUCUAUCAGUGCCUAUCACAAGGUGAAUUCUCUGGUGUGUUGCUGGGAGAGUGUGGAUCUCUGUGGUCAAAUGCGAUUAUUAACGUGGAGCAGAGCUAA